AUGUCUUGUAGUACGUCUCAAAAUAAACGCGAUUCAAUCACGCAAUUGAAGGACCGUAAUCCUGGAAAUAGAAGAGAUGAUUCACGGGGAAUCAAACGAUCGCAUCAACGACAAGAGAAAGUCUUCGGGACCUCUAAGAAUGAUGAAAAAGAAACACUUGCGCCAAAAAGAAAAAAGAAUAACGAAAUAUGUUGUUACUGUAACCUAGAGCCACACGAUAUAGGAGAUUGCGGGCGGUUUAUGAACUUGUCGAUUACGGAUCGCUGGAAUUGGGCGAAAGAAAAUAAAAUGUGUUUCAAAUGUUUAAAAGUUUCUGAUCAUCAUCAAAAUAAUUGCUCAGAAGCACCUUGCGGAAUCGAGGAAUGCUCGCAAAAACAUCAUCGAUCAUUACAUCGAUACCAAGCGAAAGAAAAAAGGAUCGCACGCAGUGAAACAACUAACAUAAUAAAUAAACACGCAGAAUCACAUAAUCUUCAGAGCGAAGAAUUAUGA